AUGGCGAAGUCAGACCUCACUCCAUUCCUUCCCAGCUCAAAGCUUCGCACGUUCCCAGGGCCACUUCACCCCGCUCGUUGCCAUUGCCUCUCCGAGCUCAAGGGGCGGGGCCAUGACGUCACGUUCCUGGGGCUGGUGCACAAGGGCCGGGAAGACUUCUUCCUCAAAGAACUCAAUCACGCGGGGAUUCCUUUCCACUCGCUCGGGUACUGGCCUCAGAGCAAGACGGACGACCAAACCUUAGGGGUAAAAGCUGAGUUCAGCGAAUGCUCCCGGUUUCUGGCUUACAUGGAGGGGGACGUGGCAACUUGGAUCGGGCUCGACAAGUUCUUGGCCAAUCAGACGCGGCUAUGGAACGAGUACGUCAGGCUGGGGGACGCCCUAUACGUCGAGCCGUUUGUUUUGAGGGGCAAGCUGGAGUCGAUCCUCAGAGAGAAACGUGUCAAGCUCCCCGUGAUGCCACGUGGCUACAUCCAAUAUGACGGCAGCGCCGCUAUCAUAACCGGAGGCCCCGGGUUCGACUUCCCUGUUCCCCUCCCUCCCACGGCGUUUUACACCGGCCCGCUCUUGAGCCGAUUCGCACAGGAGAUGUCUCGCCCGUUGGCGGCGUGGCUAGCGUCCAACGUAAAACGGGUUCGGUUGUCGUAG